CGGCGGCGCAGGCGCAGCGGUUCGGGCUCCGAGCGGCAGCGCGGGAGGCGCGGAGGUGCCGGCAGCGUUCCGGUGCUCGCCGUGCGGGGCCAUGUCCGAAGCGUAUUUCCCCGUGGGUCCCGGGCUGGGCCUGGAGGAGAAUUUCCUCUCGUUAGACGACAUCCUGAUGUCGCAGGAGAAGCUGCCGGGCCGCGCCGAGAGCGCCCUGCCGCGCCUGGCCUUCGCCUUGGGCCAGGGCGCCGGCACCGGGGACUCGCUGCCGGAGGGUUCCAAGCUGGAAAUCCCUCUUUGGUUGGCCAAAGGACUACAUGACAGCAAGAGGAGAAUCAUCUCUGUGGAGCUGCCAAAGGUUUACAAGGAAGCCUGGAGGACUGUGUUCAGUGCUGAUGCCAACGUGGUUGAUCUGCAUAAAAUGGGACCUUACUACUAUGGCUUUGGCUCCCAGCUCCUCAAUUUUGACAACACAGAGAACCCUCAGAUAGCUCAGAGCAUCCUGCAGACCUUCAUCAGCCGCUUCCGCCGCCUGAUGGACUCCUCGCAGAACUCCUACAACGAGGACACCUCUGAGCUGCUGGCUCGGCUGGAUGAGCUGGAGAGGGCUUUGUUCAGAGCUGGCCAGAAGGGCCUCAACGAUUUCCAGUGCUGGGAAAAGGGACAGGCAUCCCAAAUCACAGCCUCCAGCCUGGCUCAGAACUACGGCAAAAGGAAGUUCGCGGAGGUGGAUGUUUGAAGAGGU